AUGGAUAGGAAGAGGAAGAACCCUAAUGAUUUUUUCUCUCACGUUCCUUUCGAAGCCAGUGGUGAUUCUGAAGCUGAUUCUGAUCCUAACAUGGAUUGUGAAAAAGCUAAAUCAUCAUUGUGUGAUGAUGAUAAUGACGAUGCUUUAUCUUGCUGUGGUGGAUCUGCGGUUGAUGAACUCAUCAAUGUUGAACAUGAGUGUGAUGACGAUGAUGGUGAGGAUAAUGAGAAGAGAAAAGAUGAAGAGGAGGAGAAAGAUGUUGUUUAUGGAAAAUCAUAUUGUGCAGAAGAUGAUGACGAUGAUGAAGUGCAUGGUCGAUGGUUUCGGAAGAAGAAAGGGUGUUUGUCUUUUGAUUUAGGUGGAGACUCGGUGGAUGAGAAUGAAAAGAACAGGAGGUUUUGGGAAGCUUGUAUGGCGUCUUGA